AUGCGAGAGGAGAAUAACCUGGAACCACUGAAGACCUUCCUCGCUGCGUUUUGGAUAGAUCUGUACAUACCUUUUCGUAUGUUCUUGGAAACGUUUCCUAUCUCUCAUCCUGCAAGCAGCAAGCUGGCCGAGAGCUACCAGAGGUUUGCCAACUGCUACCGCUGCUUCUACAAACUGCAGCCCGAGGUGACCAGGAGCAUCUACGAUCAGUUCAUAGCCCAGCUGCAGACCUCCAUCAAGGAGGAGAUCCAGGAGGUGAAGGACGAAGGGAACCUGGAGGUGCUCUUUAAUUCACUGGAUAAGAUCGUGGAGGAGGCAAAGAACCAGGAGGAGCCCGCGUGGUAUGGCUGGGCUCGUGGCAGCGGGAUCCCGGAGGAGGACGUCCGCAGCUCCCUGGUGCCGUACCUCCUGAAGCACCGCGCCUACCUGCGGAAAAUCCUCAGGGAGAAGGAGGAAGAGAACAGGAAGGUGGCGGAGUCUGUGCUGGCGGGGAGGGACAGGAUUGCAGAGCUGCAGCGGCUCAUACAAGCUCGCAAACGUGCCUGGCAGUCUCUGUGUCUGGUUCAAACAGCUGCCCGUGGCGCGUCGGAGCAGGCACGGCCGCAGCUGCUUUAUCCCUCCAAGAUCCUCAUUGCUGUUUCUUCUGGUUUUUCCCGUUAUUUUCCAGCCCUGCUCCCCGCGCAGCAGACACGCACCCAGGGCGCUUCUCCGAGCACCGAGAAGCCGGGGCUGGCGCGUGCGGAGCCGAACUGA